ACUACCUUAACUGACAAGGUAUAUGACACCCGAGUACAGCAAUACAAACACACAUCUCUGCAGAGCAGGCAGUUACAACCAAAAUCCAAUCAUCAGAAGAAUGGACCCUAGCCAGUCUUUCAAUCAGGCUCCAGGGGCCUGCAAUUCAUCUGAGAAAUCAGUGAUGUUGCAGCCAGCUGCAGCACCACCAGCAUACCAGGACAAUCCUGCUGGAUAUCCUCCAAGCCAGCCGGUCCCCCAGGGCCCCUACGCCCAGGGGCCAUAUUCAGGACAAACUGUAGUUGCUGUACAGCCUGCAGUUUUUGUGACUGCCACUCCACUGGCCAAUCCAGCACCAGACUACAUGGGUUACUCCAUCUUCACCAUGCUGUGCUGCUGUUUUCCUCUGGGCAUUGUUGCGCUGGUUUACUCCUGCUCUACUCGAGAUGCCAACUUCUCAGGACGGCGAGAAUUAGCAGAGAAGAACUCAAAUACAGCGCGCACCCUGAAUCAUGUCGCUGUUGCACUUGGCCUCAUUAUCAUUGUAGGCUAUAUUAUCUAUUACUCUAUGUUGAUUAACAAUGUGAAUCAGCAUCUUUAACUGUUACAGCUGUCAUGGUUGGAUGCAGAUUAUACAAUCAAAUUAAAUUUUAUCUUCAUUUUAAAUGUUAUUUGCUAAAUGUGUCACAUUUAACACAGUUAAAACAUGCUGCAAAGGAUGAUUAUUGGAUGUUUAAAACAAUAAAAGCUGGUCAAACUAAAAAAAAAUAUGUUUAUUAGAAUUGCAGUAAGUACAAACAGAGAUAUAUUCCUUGUGCAUGAGCCUCAUUUUAGCAAACUGUAAGACUAACCCAUAGACCCAAGUUAACACAUGAAACAGUGUGUCUGAAAGUUAACAACUACCUGCUACCUAAAUUAAAAACUUUGUCUUUCUCUUUAUUUAUUCCUACCCUUUCUAGCUUGUACUUAUUUGAACAAUGCCUAAAACUUGGUAUUACCAGCACUUCCUGUGUCUGUUUGCCUCUUUAAGAAGAAUCACUUUAUGUAUUCUCCAAUUGUAAGUCGCUUCGGAAAAAAAACAUUUGCAAAAUUACUAUAUGUAUACUUUACAAGAAAUGCAUUUUGUCAGAAAAGCACAUCAACCAAAAUUACCACAAUGACAGUUGGUUCCCAGUGGUCAAAAAACUUCAGCAGAAGUGAAAGUGUUUUUAUUGCUCAAUAAUGGGUCGAUAAUUGCUCAGUAAUAAUUUUAUCUCAAAAUAAGACUUAGGAAUAAUUUUUGAUCAGACAUUUAAUAUAUACUAGUGAAUUCUAAACAGUAGAGAGCUGUCAUUCUUGUUUGGUAAAGACAUGUACCAAACAUGACCACCUUCUUGAUCACGGUGUCUCCCCUGCCAGGUAAGUAUUUUGAAAAAGUGACCUAUAUUGAGAAAUGUGUCCCAGAGAAUGUAAAUAAAAACUGUAAUUGAAGGGGAGAAAGAUCCCAUGAAAAACACACAGGAAUCAUGAAAUCAUCCCCAUCUGUGUCCUAAGAUUUCAUUAUCCUGAGCUUAUCAUGUUACAUGCUGAUUUCAUCAGGUGGUGCCUGCAGUGAAUCUUGAGAAGUUACAGUAAAGUCAAUCUAUGAUAAAAAAAAGAUUGGCUCUCCUCCCCUUAAAAACAGAAAGCAUCUGCUAAAUUCAGAAAUGUAGAUGUGGGAACAUACAAAUGAUGUUUAUGAAUGUUCAAAUGUUUGAAAUAUUGUUUUGGUCUCAAAAAAUAUGGGGUUUCAUUCUUCUCAGUGUUUAAACGGAAGUGAAAAUGUAAGUUAAAAAAAAAA